UAUACAAGAGCUGUUGUAACUGUUAACGGUUUGUUGAGUAUCUCGACCGUCUUUUGGUAUUUUUAUUGAAUUCACUUUCGUUACCAUUAAAUUCGCCAAGAUACCAACUUGAGAGCUUUAGUGUCGUUUUAGCCGUCGUCGAUUGAGAACGUAUUUUAUGCGUUUUGUCUUGUUUUUAGUAAGCCUUUGUAUAAGCUGGUAGUUCGAGACCAUUAUCGUUGUCUUCGUCGUUGGGUUAUUUAGUUCGAUAUCUGCAUCAUCAUCGUUGGUUUUUUCCAUCUUCAAAUUCAGAUUCAUUAAAUCGAAGAUUAAUCCGUGAAUAUCUGAAGAUUAAUUUGUGAAAUUGAUUUGUGAUUUAAUUUUCGGAUUUUAAUCCGAAAAAAUGCGUUGUGAAUAUUAAAUGGAAAUUUCGAUAAGAAGUGUGAAAAAGUGAAGAAAUAUCUAGAAAAAUAAAAAUAUCUUCAUCUCUUGGUUUCGUUCGUUCUCAAUUGGAUUAUCUAGCUGAAGAACUUCAACAAGGAACUUGUUUUUAAAGUCGUGAGUAGUCUUCAACCGCAAAGACAUGAUUUUUGUGGUAGGAUUCCUGUGGCUGGCACUGAUGCCUGACAGAUCCAUUGCCAUACAAGUUUCACCAGAAGCUGGACUGAGAAAUGCUUCAAGUGCCAUAAUGAGAACCACUGAGGGUGGUUUUAUUCCAAUAAAUAUGGCAUUCACCACAAAUCGGACACUCGGCACCGAAAUGAGUGCUUCGGAACGUACUCGACGAUUAAUACCAUACGUAGCAUUUUAUUCGCCAUCGCAAACAGAAUUUCCAAUCAACCAACAAUAUGUCGUUCAAAUGCCACCACCAUCAAAACAACAGCAACUUCACUAUCAAUCACCACAGAAAUCUCAAAAGCAACAGCAACAGCAGCAUACCCAUUCACCUGCGGCAGCGGCUGCUGCUGCAGCAGCAGCAGCCAUACCCAUUCCAACAGCAUAUGUUCAUAUGAAGGUACCAGUCAAUAACCAGCACCAUCAGCAACAACUACAGUCUCAUCACAAUCAUCACCACUCGCCGCAAGCUGUCUUUCAAACAAUUGCCUAUGGUGGUCAACAUCCCCCUACUCAGUUGUUGAAAGAGAAGAGCAAACACGCGGUAAAAGUGCCACAACUGCAACAUUCAAUUGUACCACCUGCACCUCCAAAUGGUGGUAAUGGUGCAUCACAACGAAUCCUUUUUCCACAUUCCUACAAAGAUGAAGCCUUGACAAAGCAAUUUCACUCACAAAAAAUAAAUAUGACACCAUUCACACCGACAAAUAGUGUCCCGGGUCGAUUUAUACCAAUUGUUUAUACUAACGAACAACAACAAGGUGGUAAUAUUAAUUACAAGCCCACAGUGGCUCCAAUCGAUCUUCAUGAACAACAACAACAACAACAACAGCAGCAACUUCAUCAACAACAACAGCAACAGCUUCAUCUAUACAAUGAGUUACCAUCUAUUGGGCAGGCAGACGAGCAACAUCAGCACCUUCAACACCUGCAGUCACAACAUUCAAGUGGUCCUAGUGGUCAUAAACAACAACAACAACAACAACAACUAAAUUCAGAGGACUACCAUCGACAUCGACCACAAGGUGGAGAAAUUGUUGUUACCAUACCGGCAGCAUCUCCGGUGCCCUCUUCGGAAUUGGUGUCAAAAACUUUGUCACAAGCAGUUCCCCAACAGGAGCGGCAGCACGUGCAAUAUGUGGCAAUAUCCACUCCUCGUCCACCAUCAAGUCCAAGCUAUCGAAUUAUUAGUGAUUUGCCAACAGAGAGUCGUCAUCCACAUCAACAGCUGCAUCAGCAACAACAAUUCGAGCAACAGCAAUUUUCAAAUGCCGACAAUCUAACACCACAGCAAAAAUAUGUCAACUACUUACGACAUCAGUUGCGCUACAAGCAACAACAGCAACUCCAAGAACACCACCAACACGAGAAGCAGCAUCAGCUGGAGAAGAAUUUACAGCAGCAGCAACCUCACUAUCACAUUCAACAACCAUCAGUACAACAGCAAAACCAUCAUCAUUUCUAUUCCUAUGACUUGAGUACGACUGUUAGUCCUGUACAUUCACCGUCGUCGUCAUCAUCGUCAUCAACUAACUCACAACAACAUCCAUCGACUACGCAAUCAGUCGAUGUCCAUCCCGAGAAUCAUCAUAAUCAGAAUCGUUUUAAUGAAAAGUAUCCUCAGCACAGUCCCAUCAACCAUGUCGUCUACCAGCAGCAGCAUCCGGAAGUGAUAACCGACCCCGAACAGAUUUUACAUCCUAACAAACAAUCUCACCAUAGAUACAGUCCAAUCCCUUCACCCACACCUCAUCCUCAACAAUUGCAACAACAACAGCAGUUGCAAUCUCAUCAAUACGCAAGCAAUCCGAACAAAUACAUCGAGUACAUCAUUGACGAUCCAAAGCAGGAGAUUGAAGACCAUUCGACAUCCCAGGAAAAAGACCAACACCACCACCAACAGGGCAUUCGUCCUCCGCCAAUGGUUUUGGUCGGCAAUCCAAUGCCAGCGCCUCCACCUGUCGAAGUCGUCGUCUCGUCGCCACGUCCAUUGUACAAAAAUCAACCAACUCUUCGAUUACAUGCCAUCUCACCCACUCCUCGUCCUGCAAUGGUUUUCGUGUCAACCAAACCUAAGCACACACAACUCUUACCCACUGCUGCACCUAAGCCAGUCAAAUUGAAGCCAUCACAGCAAUAUAGUGAUUCGGAACCAUUGCCUCCCAAGGACCCAUUACCCGAUUUAAAGACUCUAUCGUUGGCAGAGAUUCUAAGAAAGUUGCAAGAAAGUAAUCACCUGCCACAAACACUCACCCCGGACAACAUUGACAACUCGAUAAGAACACUAAUUAGGAUUCUGCACAACCUUAAGGGCAGCCAGACCAUUGUCGAUGACCCACCCCAGCAUCAUGAUCAGGAUUACGACUACAACAACAACAAUAACGAUGAGGACGAAGGUACACCAGCUCAACAGGACCUCAGUGCUUCAAUACUACCCGGUGCGAAGCCAGGACCAAAUUCGGGACGACCAGGAAUCGAUUACCCAAACUUGGACAGAAUUCCAGUUACGUCUUUCGACUGCCAACAGCAAAGGUACAAGGGAUUCUUCGGUGAUCCGGAAACUAAUUGCCAAGUUUGGCAUUACUGUGACCUGAAUGGUGGCAAAGCGUCAUUCUUGUGCCCCAAUGGCACAAUCUUUAGUCAGAUUGCUCUAACUUGCGACUGGUGGUUCAACGUCAAAUGUGCAACAACCCCACAGCUAUAUGUGCUAAAUGAACGCCUUUACAAGUACAUCCUACCAUUUACACCCAAGUUUCCCGAGGACUAUAGUGGGCCCCUUGUUGAUAAGUAUUUGGCUCUGAAGUUCAAGGAGAUGGAAGAGAAAAUGAGUCGCGAGAAGCUCAAGGGUCGUGGUGGCGAAGAUGGCGACACAGAGGAUACUGUUGCCGAUGAUGUAACACAAGGUCCAAUCGAGCAUGGAAACACCCCCAAAAAGAAGCCCACAGAGGACGACAUACUAAGUGGCGACAAUUUAUCAACUGUAGGCGAACAAAGUUCGGAAAAAAAUCUUUUAAUAGAUGAAGAAACAGGGCGCAUUGCUAGCCGUGACAAUAGUAGCGGUCAAGGUGCGACAGCGGAAAGUUCAACCGAAGCACCAACAAAAGAAUUGCCAUUGAGUCAACAACCAAUUGUUGUGUCGACAACAGAAUUGCCAUAUAACGCGCAAUUGGAAGAGGAUGAAUCGUCGGAUAGUAGUGGUCCGACAAUGUUGGGCGAUAAGGUUAGCGUAGAAAAAGUUGAAGUAAUUGAAAUUAAAUCGGAUGGAACAUCUGGUCAUCUGAUACCGGAGAAUAGAUUUGUUGAUACUUAGGUGUUUCUUUUAUUUUUAUUUUUAUAUUUACUGAUUCUCAAAUGUGUGCGUGCGUGUGUGUGUGUGAUAAAUAAAAUUUACCUAUAUCAUUUAAGUUUUAAGAAUUGAAAGUGAAAUACCUAAAAACUAGUGAAAAAAAUAAAAACUAUUUAUUAUUUUUUUUUUUUUUGUAUUAUGUACUAUUAAAAUGUAAAUUUAUGAUUAAGUUUAUAAUGAAUUGAUUUGAAAAUUUUAAUUGAAAAUUAAUUGAAUUUAUAAGUAUGGCUGACUGUUUUCCAACAUAUACUUUGGAACCAUAAUUUACUAUCGGUUGAUAAAUGUUU